AGAUCUCUGUCACCCACUGGCUAUAUUUUCUUUCGCUGCCACCCAACUCCCAGGAAACGUUUACGAGGGCUCUCCUGAAACCUCGCGGUCAGCACAAGCUGGGCUUGGGGGAGGGAGGGACGGGCAUUUUCCUUGGCACUCCCUCGGAGCAAGCUGGCCGUCUCCUUAGAGGUUUCUUCCCAGGCCAAAGGGGACCAGGGGGGCCGAGGCGGCGGUGGUGGUGGAAGAAGGCUCUCAGGCCUCGCCCCGCCCCACAACGGGGGGCUAGAGUUUCCCAGCCUGCUUUCCUGCCCUCCCGGCUCCUCUGCCCUGCUUUCCUGGUCAUUCUCCCCACCACUCAAUCCACAAAACGCCACAAAACUGUCAGCCGCCCCCCCCCCCCCCCCCAGGAAGUGUGGGCAGGUUCAUGGGUGGGUGGAAGCCAGGGCUUGUAAUCUCGCCCUGAGCCCCCAUUCCUUGCCCCAGCGGCUCCCGGGCCCUGGAUCAGGACACCCAGGGAAACGUCCGCGGGAAGAGCCGCUGGGGCGAUUCUUUGGCCCUGGUCGCUACGAGUGCGGCCGAGGGGAGGGGCGGCAGGAGAGGAGGAAGGGAGGGAAGAAGGAAGGGAAGGAGGAAAGGGAAGAAGGCAGGGAAGGAGGAAAGGGGGAGGGCGGGGGACAGGGGCACUGGCCGCUCUGCGCCCAGAGGCUGAGUAGCCGCCUCCGGGGUGGGACCAGAAGCGAACGGGAGAGUAAAGAGAAGGCGGAGAGAGGGACCGGGAGGGAGGUGUCGAAGCCUGCCGCCAGAGCAGCAGCAGCGGCAGCCUCGGGGUUCUGCCUGUCCCCGCCCAGGGGAGCCUCCAACUAACUCCGCCCGCCGUCGCAGCCGCCUCUGCCCCCGCCGCUUCUGCUGCUGCUGCUGCCGCCACCUCCGCUGCCGCGGGAGGGUCCAGUGUCCGUCCCGGGCUGGCGCCCCGCUGGGGCCGGGCCGUCCAGGUGAUCCAGUUCUUUCCAGUCGUUAAUCAAGUAUUAACUACCUGACAACACAGGAACAAGUGGCAGGUGGAAGGCAACAGGAGGAGGUCCCGAAUGAUGAAUGACGUUGGUUUGUAUGAGAUCCCUCACAGCCUCUGUUAUUGUGGAUUGAGAAGUCACCUGCCCGUCUAAACGGAACGCCGAGCCAAAGCUUCCGAGGGAGUUCCAGCCCCAGGACUACCUCUGCUUCUGCUUCCUGACUGGAAAAAAGUCCCGCGUACCCUCGCCACGAAGGGUCUCUUCCAGCAGCUUUUUUUGCAGCUCAGGAUAGAGACAAGCCAGCAUCGUCUGCCUUCCUGAGCUCCCGCGUCACCUCCCGAGACAGAUGGUUGGUCCAGCGCCGUGGGGGAUGCCUGCAGAGCACACGAUAAUGAAGUCGUGAAUUGCUCCAGCCACUGCUGCCUAAUUGCUGGGAUCACACCCCGUAGAGCUGCUCUGCCCUUUCUCCACUGCUCUCCUCGGGCCGGGAACAGCAGGGUGGACAUGGCUGGCCUCGUUAAUAACCUGCUAAUACUGUUCCUCGGUUUGCAGAGCAGCUGUUUGGCUUUCCGAAGCCCCCUGUCUGUCUUUAAGAGGUAUAAAGAAAGCACUCGAUCAUUUUCCAAUGAAUGCCUUGGUACUUCCAGACCGAUAAUCCCUAUUGACUCCUCGGAUUUUGCAUUGGACAUCCGCAUGCCUGGGGUUACUCCAAAGCAGUCUGAUACCUACCUCUGCAUGUCAUUACGUCUGCCAAUGGAUGAGGAAGCCUUCGUAAUUGAUUUCAAGCCACGUGCCAGCAUGGAUACUGUCCAUCAUAUGCUACUGUUUGGAUGUAAUAUGCCUUCUUCCACUGAAAGUUAUUGGGAUUGUGAUGAAGGAACCUGCUCAGACAAAGUUAAUAUUUUAUAUGCCUGGGCGAGGAAUGCGCCGCCCACCAGACUUCCUAAAGGUGUUGGAUUCAGAGUUGGAGGAGCAAUGGGAAGUAAAUAUUUUGUGCUACAAGUGCAUUAUGGAGAUAUCAGUGCUUUUAGAGAUAACCACAAAGAUUGUUCUGGUGUGACCUUGCACCUGACACGUCUACAGCAGCCUUUAAUUGCAGGCAUGUAUCUAAUGAUGUCUGUGGAUACUGUCAUACCACCAGGAGAAAAAGUGGUCAAUGCAGAUAUCUCAUGUCAUUACAAAAAGUAUCCAAUGCACCUCUUUGCUUAUAGAGUUCACACUCACCAUUUAGGUAAAGUAGUAAGUGGAUACAGAGUCAGAAAUGGACAAUGGACACUGAUAGGUCGACAAAGUCCUCAGUUGCCACAGGCUUUUUAUCCUGUGGAGCACCCAGUAGAUGUCAGCUUUGGUGAUAUUUUAGCAGCAAGGUGUGUGUUUAGUGGUGAAGGAAGAACUGAAGAAACACAUAUUGGAGGCACCUCCAGUGAUGAAAUGUGUAAUCUGUACAUCAUGUACUACAUGGAAGCCAAGCAUGCGGUCUCUUUCAUGACAUGCACACAGAAUGUAGACCCAGCGAUGUUCGCCACCAUUCCAGCAGAGGCUAAUAUUCCCAUCCCAGUCAAAUCGGACCUGGUGAUGAUGCACGGACACCACAAAGAAACCGAGAACAAAGACCACCUUCCUUUAUUACAGCAGCCAAAACGAGAAGAAGAAGAAGUAUUAGAUCAGGGUGAUUUCUAUUCCCUCAUUUCCAAGCUCCUAGGAGAAAGGGAAGAUGUUGUUCAUGUGCAUAAGUAUAACCCUACAGAAAAGGCAGAAUCAGAUCUGGUAGCCGAAAUUGCUAAUGUAGUCCAAAAGAAGGACCUUGAUUGGUCUGGUACCAGAGAGGGAGCUGACCAUAAUGUGAGGGGCAAUGCUAUUCUUGUCAGAGACAGAAUUCACAAGUUCCACAGACUAGAAUCUACCUUGAAACCACCAGACAACAAACAUUUCUCAUUACAACAGCCCCCACAAGACGAGGGCACCCAGGAAACAGAGCACACAGGAGACUUCCAUGUGGAAGAGGCACUGGAUUGGCCCGGCGUGUACCUCCUCCCAGGACAGGUUUCUGGAGUGGCCCUUGACUCCGAUGGCAACCUGGUUAUUUUCCAUAGAGGUGAUCACAUUUGGGAUGGCAACUCGUUUGACAGCAAAUUUGUUUACCAACAAAGAGGGCUUGGACCAAUUGAAGAGGAUACUAUUCUUGUGAUAGACCCAAAUAAUGCUGCAGUGCUUCAGUCAACUGGGAAAAAUCUGUUUUACUUGCCACAUGGCUUGAGUAUAGAUACAGAUGGAAAUUACUGGGUCACAGACGUAGCUCUUCAUCAGGUGUUCAAACUAGACCCAAGGAACAAAGGGAGCCCUCUGCUAAUUUUGGGAAGAAGCAUGCAGCCAGGCAGUGACAAGAGUCACUUCUGUCAACCCACCGAUGUGGCUGUGGAUCCAGUGACUGGCACCAUCUAUGUGUCUGACGGCUACUGCAAUAGUCGGAUUGUCCAGUUCUCCAAGGACGGAGUGUUUAUGUCGCAGUGGGGAGAAGAGUCUUCAGGGGACAAUCCUAAACCAGGCCAGUUCCAAGUUCCUCACAGCUUGACCCUUGUGCCUCAUUUUGGCCAAUUAUGUGUGGCCGAUCGAGAAAACGGUCGUAUUCAGUGCUUUAAAACAGAAACCAAAGAAUUUGUACGAGAGAUCAAGCAUACAGCAUUUGGGAGAAAUGUAUUUGCAAUUUCAUAUACACCAGGUUUGCUCUUUGCAGUGAAUGGAAAACCUCAGCUUGGGGAUAAACAACCCCUGCAAGGAUUUGUAAUGAACUUUACCAGUGGGGAGAUUUUAGAUACCUUCACUCCGGUGAGAAAGCGCUUCGACAUGCCCCACGACCUGGUGGCCUCCGAAGACGGGACGGUGUAUGUGGGAGACGCUCACGCCGACACCGUGUGGAAGUUCACCACGGCCGAAAAGAUGGAGCAUCGAUCAGUUAAAAAGGCUGGCAUCGAGGUACACGAAGUCAAAGAAACAGAGACAGUUGUUGAAACCAAAGUGGAAAGCAAACCCCCAUCACCCGAGCUGCUGAAGAUGCAGGAGAAACAGAAAUUGGUCAAAGAGACAGGCUCUGGAGUUUCCUUUGUUCUUAUUACCACCCUUCUCGUUAUUCCAAUUGUUGUCCUGCUGGCUAUUGCUGUCUUUAUUUGGUGGAAGAAAACAAGGGCCUAUGGAGCUGAUUCGGAACACAAGCUUGAGACAAGUUCAGGAAGAAUACUAGGAAGACUGAGAGGAAAGGGCAGUGGAGGUCUAAACCUGGGGAACUUCUUUGCCAAUCGCAAGGGUUACAGUCGAAAAGGGUUCGAUCGACUGAGCACCGAAGGGAGUGACCAAGAAAAAGAUGACGAAGGCUCAGACUCCGAAGAAGAAUACUCAGCACCUCCACCCCGACCAGCUUCAGUCUCUUCCUUAAACUAAGCCUUGGCUUUCUUUGUUGUACCAUUUUACCAAGACUUCCUUUAAGCUCUUUCGCACGUUUAAAUUUUUGUGUAUUUAAUUGUAAACUGCACUAGUCUGUGUGGGACUGUACACUUUGGGUUUCUUCCUUUGGGUUGAGUUUGCUUUUUUUUUCCCAAGUGGAGGAGUGUCCUGAAAGUUCCUAAUAGUGCCAUUACCCUUGUGUAAUCACCUACAAAGGAGAAAGAGGGCUGCGCUCUUUUUCCAUCAUCACCCUACUAUUUUAAAGGAUAGAGUGUUGGCUCAGUUACAGUUUGGAACUUUUCUCUCUGUGGAAAUGAUCCCAUUAUCUGCUUUCACCCAGUAUUUGCCCAAUAGCUCUUCCAUUGCCAAUUGCUUUCUUUGGUGCCUUUCCUAUCCAGCUCCCAACCUACAGCAGUACCGAAAACCUACAUGCUACAGGAAGAGAAAGCUGCUAAAUCGCCUUCUAUUUUUUUAAAAUCACUAACAUUAUAUUGCAAUGAGGGGGAAAUAGUCUCUAUUUAAACAAAGAGUUUGCUUUGGUUUUUACUUUUCUUCCGUUGGUGUGUUUCUGGGAUGUCUUAUUUUUAGAUGGUGACACUGUUAGAAGCUAUUUUCAGAAUCUGAAUGUAAUUUGUGUAAUAAAGUGUUCUCAGAGCA